AUUAGACAUUCUCUGGUCCAUUUCUUUUAGCCCACUGCUACUGUCUAUGUUGUUGACAGCAGUGUCAACGAACAGGAAACUAAUUUGCCGACUUCAAGUAAGCUAGUGCAGAGCCCAUGGAAACAUUCACGGAAAGGAACGUUUAGAGUUGAACUUUGAUAAAGUCGUUUUUAAUCAGAAUGCUGUGUGACACGUAAAUGGGAAUAUUAACUAGUCUACUAACAACUCAUGUAAACAGACGCCAUAUUCGCAACAUUGUCAUAUUCUGAAUGUACGUGCAAACGUACUCACUGAUACUGACGGAAGUUCACAGAUUGGUUCCGACUUUUAUUUUGAAGAAAAAAAAAAAAAAUAGUGAAUGGCGGCCAUAUUGAAAUUUGAAUUUAUUGUCGCUGGCUACCUACACGUAGUUUGUGAGCCGCUAGACCGCAGACAUUAAGUGACUAGAUUAGGGGUUUUGAAAAAGCUUUGUAGAAAUAUUGCAAAUUUACUGGAAUUAUUGCGUCUCCUAAAAGCUGACCUAGGUCACAAAGAUCGCGAAGUUAGUUAACGGUUAACUUGUGGACACUAGCAACCUGGCAGCUAAUGUUAGCUUCCUCACUAGUUGGCACGUUAUUGAACGUGACUGGUGACUAACGUUAACCUUAAACACUAAGUUAACGUUAAGUCACACUGCUAAGAAGAGUUUUAAUCAGGAGUCUUGUUAUUGUUAAUAGUAAUACGUGUCGUGAAUGGUUACUCAUACACAUUAAACAGUGUGACGUUACUCAACGUUUGCACAAAUUGUUGUUGCGUCACAUAAUCGAGGUUGGCCAGGUGGUGUGGGGCUCAAAUCAAAUCUGAGAAGUUUUGGAAACUGAUCAUUGCUGGAAAGGGUAACGUAACGUUAAGUGUUUUUGUUAGUGGUAAGCUUUGUGAACUUCGUAUUAACUCGCAUUAACGUUACCUUUAUAACCUGCGCCGACUAAGGUAGUCAGAGACUUUAUAAGGACUUUGCAUCAGCUUGAUUAGCGCCAGUGAUCACUGCUAAUAAAUCAUUAGACAUGUCAUCAUUUUCCGAGUCUGCGUUGGAGAAGAAGUUAUCGGAGCUCAGUAACUCUCAACAGAGUGUCCAGACCUUGUCACUAUGGAUAAUUCACCAUCGCAAGCAUUCAUCUCUCAUUGUACGAGUAUGGCACAGAGAAAUGAAGAAAGCCAAAAGCAACAGAAAGCUGACAUUUCUUUAUCUUGCAAAUGAUGUGAUCCAGAACAGUAAGAAGAAAGGUCCUGAGUUUACUCGAGAUUUUGAGGGUGUUCUUGUAGAUGCCUGUUCUCAUGUUGCAAGGGAGGCAGAUGAAGGCUGUAAAAGGCCCAUGGAGAGACUUCUAACUAUCUGGCAGGAACGCAGCUUGUACCGUGCUGACUUCAUCCAGCAGUUAAAGCUGGCCAUUGAGGACUCCAACAGCCCAAAACAAAAAUCAGCAGAGGACAAAAAGGCCACUAAAAGAGCCUUCCAAAAGAUCCAGGAGGAGGAAGAGGAGGAGGAGGAUGACUACAGAGCACAUUAUUCUCCAAAGGAUCCAGAUGGCAGUGGACCACAACUGACAGAGGAGUUAGUAAAAGCCCUCCAGGAUUUGGAGAAUGCUGCUUCUGGAGAUGCUGCUGUGAGACAAAAGAUUGCCUCGCUACCACAGGAGGUCCAAGAUGUGUCACUAUUGGAAAAGAUCACUGAUAAAGAGGCAGCAGACAGGUUAUCCAAGACGGUAGAUGAGGCAUGUCUACUACUGGCAGAGUACAAUGGACGGUUAGCAGCAGAAUUGGAGGACAGACGGCAGCUGGCUCGAAUGCUCACUGAGUACAUUCACAGCCAGAAGGAAGCCCUCACUGAACGUGAGAAGAAACUAGAGGAGUACAAGCAGAAACUGGCACGAGUAACUCAAGUUCGGAAGGAGCUGAAGUCGCACAUCCAGAGCCUGCCUGAUCUUUCUCUACUGCCAAAUGUCACUGGAGGCCUGGCUCCUCUGCCCUCAGCAGGAGACCUGUUCUCUACAGACUGAUCCCUGGGUUCUUGGAUGGCUUAAUAAAGGAGUUGACAGGUUUCACUUACCCUCUAAUAUCCAUUGGAAGACAUACAAAAUGUCACUAAACGUGUUGCAGCACCUGAAUGCCAUCCUCUCAGCAGAGAUCUUUGGAAGUUGAAAGGACGAAGUCUGUAGCUACAUUGAAAACAGCAAAGCAGUCGUGUCUAGUUUGGUAUGCAAAAGUGGAAUACACAGUGAUAUAUUGAGGUAAAACCAUACUGCAAAUUUGUAGUACUGUAGGAAACAAUCAACACAGACAAAUGAAUAGUGUUAUUACUGUUGCUAAUAUCACUUGUUCGGUCAUUCAAAUUACGUAUUACUUCAUAGACAUGAACUGAUACUGUAGAUCAACAUCAAACCAGUGACUGAUAUUUUGGUAGUAGCUGUGCUUCAGGAUACACAUGGCAACACUUUUGCCUAUCCUGGUACUGCUAAUGACAUAAUGCAACUUUCUUCAUUGUUGAAUGUGAAAAUACUGGACUAUAAAAGCCAUCUCUCAUGUCAUUUUUCAACUCGUACACCUUUUCAGCAUUUCAUGGUUGUUACAGCAUUUGGAAGUAUUAUUCAGCUUCUGAUUUCUAUUUAAUUUUUUUUUAAUGGCAAUAAAAUGUUUGUAACGUUGCCCAUGCCCAAGCUUGAGAAGUCUUCCUGAAAAUCAUUGAGUCAGAUGGUGCAUUCUGAACUUUUACAUUGUGGCAGUGAAAGUACACUAUUAGCCUAAUUUAUCCAUCAAAGCAUCGAACCUUUGAUGCAUAUAUGUCUUAAUUUCUAUGCUGCAAUAUGUAUGGGAUUAUGCCUGUUGCUAUAUCAGUAACCAUAUAAAGUUUAAUAAAGAGGGUAUUUUGGUAAAAGUUUA